AUGAUAGUCUUGAUUCCUCCUGAGGAAGGUGACACGACAGCGCCACGAAAUGCUGGGUGGCAGAAGUCAUCUAAGCUGCCAAAAACGGAAAAGGACUACGAUGACGAUCUGUACAUACAACGCACGUGCGCUUGCAUCGCAGAGACCAUUCAUCAUGAUAGUGCAAUCCAGGAAGAUCAAAUACGAUGUAAUCAGACUGAACGAAAUAAGACAACGCAACUCGCUGAAUGGCGUAUGAAACUGGAGAAGAACUGCUCUUAG